AGGGAGACCCAGAUCUGUGUGAGGAACCAGCACACGACUGCCAGGGACCUGGAGAUACGGCGGGAGCGGUACAACCAGACCAGGGGUCUCCACACCAUACAGUGGCUUACCGGCUGUGACCUCCUGUCCGACGGGAGUGUCCGUGGAUCCCGCCGGGAUAGCUACGACGGGCGGGAUUUCAUCUCCUUUGACCUGGCAUCCGGGAGAUUCGUGGCGGCCGACAGCGCUGCUGAGAUCACCAGGAGGCGCUGGGAACAGGAAGGGACCGUGGCUGAGCGUUGGACAAAUUACCUGGGGCACGUCUGCCCGGAAUCGCUCCAGCAAUAUGUCAGAUUUGGGCAGAAGGAGCUGGAGCGCAAAGAGUGCCCAGAUGUCCAUGUGUCUGGAAAAGAGGAACACGGGACGCUGAUCCUCUCCUGCCACGUGUAUGGAUUCUACCCCAGCACCAUCACAGUCAGCUGG